GUGAAUACGAACUUCAAAAAAGUCGAGACCGAUUCGUUCAAGUGGAAGCAGAAGUACGAGGAAGCGUCCAAAAAUGUGCUUGUGUUAACGAUGGCAAAGAAGGAAUUGGAGGAGAACGCCGUGCUGCAACAGAAAAAACUCAGUCAACUCGAACAACUCUGUCGAGCUUUGAGCUCUCGGCAAGCGGCAAGUUCGCCGACUGCCGCCGCCGCCACUGCCACCACAGCCGCCACGCCCAAUGAAGACUCGCUCAACUCUGUCCCAGAUCAAGCACCGUCCUCGUCGUCAUGA